AAGCUGGAGACGCAGCCCAUGACCUGGUGGCCCUCGUCCAGGCACUUCUCCGGAUCCCUCAGGCUGCGCUUGCACUCCAUGAAGGCUUUGUUCUGCGCCGUGCAUCGCCGGGCCACAUGCCGGGCCACCGACAUGAGAACCGGCGUGGUGGGCAGCGGGGGCUUGCUUCCCUGCUCCAUGCGCCCCUGUGCUAUAGGUCAAGCUAGGGUUUUGCGCUCUAUGGCCACCAACCUGCUGGCGAUGAGCACCACCACCUUGUCCUGCCGCUGCACUGCCCCGCUGCGCUGCAGCGCCAUGGGCAACAGCAGCAGGGAGGCUGCGGCAUCCUACAGGGAAGGCCCGCUGCUGGACGCCGCGUUCCUGUCCUUGCUUCGCAACAAAUUGGCACAGGAAGUGGGACGCGACGCGGACAGGCCUGGCUACGACGGCUUGAUUCAAUUGUCCCAGCUUCUCAUGGCAAAAUACAAGGCCAAGUCCGAUGUGGAGCAAGCCACGGUGCGCAUUCUCAACUCCAUGUUUCCACAGUCGUUGCUGCGCCUCUUUAGAGCCGUGGUGCUACCUAUCAACAAGGGAAAGCUUGCAGCCAUCCUUUCCGCUAGAGUGACUCAAGCGACUUGUCAAUGGCUCAUGGGAACCUGUUCUAUCAGCAGUGUGGAGCUGUCGGACGGAACCUCCAUUCCAAGCGGGGUUCUCGUCGAAAAGUGCAAAUACCUGGAGCACUCCAAGUGCGCUGGUAUCUGCAUCCAUACUUGCAAGUUGCCCACGCAGGCGUUUAUCAGCAAGGAAUUGGGAGUGCCACUGCUCAUGGAACCAAACUUCGCCGACUUGAGUUGUCAGUUCAAGUUUGGCGUGGAAGCCCCUUCGCCGGAGGACGAUCCAUCGGUUUCAACGCCGUGCCUGGAAAUGUGUCCCACCGCCAUUGCUCGCAAGAGCAGCACACCCCUGUGUCCCAAGGUCUAGGGAGCAACUGCUACUAACGAGCGCUGCCAUAGGAUAUGGAUGAUCUAUCUGCUAUGUGUACUGCUUAAGAUACUCAGACGCAACCAGGCGUCCUCGAGUGUUCACAGAGAGCUUAAGCUCACUUAUCUCCUUGUCAAUAUCCUGCAGAGCAAACGUUUCAGACGGCUA